GAAACGUUUGUUUGGUUGCCUGCUCCCUCAAUCGGAGUACAAAUUAUGGGAAAGAACAUGGAAGAGAUUAGCAGGUGACCUCCUUCCAGAGAUUUUGCAAACGGAGUCUUGUGCCACAGAUAUAGAAGGCAUCCACCAUGGUCCCCAUUGCAGUUCUCAUCACCUGGCAACUCCUAAUUCAAGCCUUGGACCAGUCCCUGGUGACCGCGUGGAUUGUCCCGCAGCCUCGCAAAAACGUGUGGGUAACUCUAGCCCAUGCCCUCAAUCAGGACCAUCUUUGUCUAUCCACGCCAGCAGCGGACAACCCUAUGUCGACAUGUCUGGUGGGGAUUCCCUUCCAACUGACGGAUUUUCCCAGCUCCCUUGUAAACAUUCAGAGCCAACUGAAUAGGAAUAAUCCGUCAGGUCAGUGGGUGGAGAUUUUUCGAUAUUGGGGGGUUGUGAGUUAUGUAAAAACACCCAUAACCAACCCCCUAGAGCUCUGGCGCAAGUGGGUAUUCGACCUACCCUACGCAGAGGCUGAGCCCCAGGAAUUCGAACUACUGGGCUCGGCCAAAGCAGACCUCUGUGUGCACUUUGAUUUCACACCAUCGUCCCAAGUUAAAUCUUACGAAGAUGUCAAGCAGCACAAACUAGAAUUCCGGGCAGCUGCAUGGUGCGCACAGGUGGGCAAAAUAAGCGCCCCAUCCACUGACGAUGGGUACCCCAGGAAACUAGAUAAAGGUGUCUUCCUAAUCUGUGGGGACAGGGCGUACCCGGGAAUCCCGUCUCGUCUCCUAGGAGGCCCGUGCACCCUAGGGCGACUGUCGCUGGCGUCACCCAACAUGACACAAAUUCCGAUCAGGCAUGUCAAAAAGAGUACAAAAAUUGUAAAAAGGGGUGCAGAACAAUUGGACGAACAUUGUGACAGUGAAAUUUAUCAUUGGGCCAAAUCCAAAAGGAUCGCCGUCUCCGUCUUUUUACCUUGGGUGGCGGCGGCCAAGUCUCUUAGCGAACUUGGUAACCUCGAAUGUUGGGUAACACACCAAGCAAAUUUGACCUCACAGGCCCUGAGCGACCUCCUAGCAGAUGAGGAGAUCACCAGACGCGCGACCCUGCAGAACAGGGCCGCUAUCGACUUUCUGCUGCUGGCACAUGGGCACGGCUGCCAAGAGUUUGAGGGGCUGUGCUGCUUCAAUUUAACAUCUCGCAGCAAGUCAAUCCACGCGUCGAUCCAGGAAAUGAAAGACCUCGUCGGCGCUGUCAAACAAGAGAGCGAAGACUGGUUCAAGGACUUGUUCAGGAACUGGGGGCUUUCAGGUUGGAUGCUUUCUCUUAUAAAAGACAUCGGUUAUUUUGUUGUUAUCCUCCUUCUUGUGGCUUUGAGUUUUGGGGUCAUCAAGAGAAUCAUCACCGCCUCUCUAACUAACUCUUCAUCGAAAUCGAAGGUUGUAAUCGCAGCUGCAACAACGCAAGAGGACAGCUGGUGGAAGAAUCCCACAUCGAGAGACACUCAAGUAUAA